CGAAAACAAUACAUGUAUGCUACAGAAGUUGGGUUGGCAGGUCACUGGACAUGUUUUGGUCAAAAUUUAAUAUUGUAGAAAGUCUGAAAUUCUUGUGAACGAAAACCUCUCUGUUUGACGUUUUUGAAUAGUAGUACAUGACAAUCUCGACAAUCGCGUUACAGAGGAAGGAAUUAUUUUUAGUAAACGGUGCAAACCACCAGAUAGUCUACAUAGCAACAGCAGUAAGGCAAUAUUACUAAUAUAAGAAUAUAAGACAACCACACACACGAAAACGGAAAAGUCGUGGAGGCAGUUAUCAACACCAUUCAGCAGUUGGACACCCUAACAAAGUUUCAAAAGAAAUCAAAUAACUUUAUAAUGAGACUAUUAGCUCAAAAAACAAACUUGCCAUACAUAAGAAUGCAAAUGUUUGUGCCAAGUAAAACAACACCUUGCUGUAAUUGUCCAAAUAAGUCUGUAGAGGCGGCUAGAUUUUUGAAGUUUAGGUCUUACCAUAGACAUGGAAAAUUUUCAAAUUCCAAGGAUGGAAGAAUGAAAACAUAUGAGAUAUCUGGCUUUACUGAGAAAAGCUGUGCCUGGAAGCAUAAUUUGUAUGUAAAUAGUGGAAGAAGUUACAGUUUAUGUAGAAAUGUUAGAUAUACCAAUAGUAUUGAAACACCAAAACGGAAGAACUUAUUCCCUUGGAUCAAUUCUUUAUGCCUGGUUCCUAGCUCCAGGAUGAACAUCUUGAGAAAAUCCUAUUAUUCCGGUUCCAGUAUUUACCUACGUCCAGGGGAGAAAUGGCAGCCAGGAGCAAUUCCUCUAUUAGACGAAACUACAAGUAGAGUAGAGGAAAUCGAAGACAGACUGUUUGAUUACCUGGGUGAUCAUAGCGGCCGAGUUCAGAUCUCAAAAUUUAUCAAUGCUCUGACAUCGACAGGAUUGCGGGAAACUGAUCCAAGACUUGCAGAAUGUUUACAAGGAUUAUCUCGGUACCAGUCUUCAGGAAGGUGGGACGAUACAGAACCUUCUCGGUUUGGUCCAACCGUAGAUCGUGAGACUUUCAAACAAUGUAUAGCCCAAAACAUUGUGUUGAUUUCCAGUGCAUUCAGGAAUGAGUUUAUUAUUCCAGACUUUGGCCAGUUCUGUUACGAUAUAGAUGAAUUGUAUUGGCAGUGCAGGGACAACAUCAGUGGAAACGUAGCAACAUACAUACCACAGCUUGCCAGAUACAGUCCUAAUCUAUGGGGGGUAGCUGUUUGCAGCGUGGAUGGGCAAAGAUACUCAAUAGGUGAUACUAACGUGCCGUUUUGUAUGCAGUCUGUAUCUAAACCUUUGACUUAUGCUAUGGUGUUAGAUGACCUUUCACCCAAGGUCACUCACGAGUACGUAGGUCAUGAACCUAGUGGAGUGGCCUUCAACACUAUUGAUUUGGAUUACAGAGAUAAGCCACACAACCCAAUGGUCAAUGCAGGCGCAAUUGUUAUGUGUUCUUUGUUGAAGCAGACAUACAAUUUGGCCGACAGAUUUGACUAUGUAACUCAGGUAUUAAAGAGGUUGACAGGAGGAGAAUAUCUGUCUUUUAACAACUCAGUAUUCCUGUCAGAAAGAGAGACAGCAGAUAGAAAUUUUGCUCUUGGUUAUUAUAUGAGAGAGAAGAAGUGUUUUCCUGAAGGUACAAACCUCAUGGAAGUGAUGGACUUCUAUUUCCAGUUAUGUUCUCUUGAAAUAACUUGUGAGUCUGGUGCAGUGAUGGCGGCCACUCUAGCUAACGGGGGUAUAUGUCCUAUCACAGGAGAUAAAGUUUUCUCGUCAUCUUCAAUGCGAGACACCUUGUCACUGAUGCUUACAUGUGGCAUGUAUGAUUAUUCUGGAGAAUUUGCUUUCAAGGUAGGACUUCCAGGAAAAUCUGGUGUCUCAGGAGGGAUAAUGCUUGUAGUACCCAACAAGAUGGGAUUCUUUCUUUGGAGCCCGGCCUUAGAUAAAUGGGGAAACAGUUGCAGAGGAGUGCAAUUUGCCCAGGAAUUGGUCAAAAAAUUCAAUUUCCAUCACUAUGACAACCUGAAAUUUACUCAAAAGAAGGUUGAUCCAUGUCAGAAGAAGAUUGAAUCUCGAGCUACAGAAGUUGUUAACCUGCUUUUCAGUGCUUAUAAUAGUGACAUUUCCGCCCUUAGAAGAUAUGCACUAAGUGACCUAGAUAUGGACCAGUCAGAUUAUGAUGGGAGGACAGCUUUACAUAUCGGGGCUGCAGAAGGUCAUGAGAGUGUUGUACGCUUCCUGAUUGACAAGUGUAAAUGUAACCCAUUUGUAGUAGAUAGGUGGGGUUUUACACCAUUGGCUGAUGCAAAACGUUUCCGUCACAACAAGGUUGUGAAGCUGCUUGAACAUGCCAUGGAUAAUUACAAUGCAGAUGUAAAAAUUGACAGGAGGUUCCAGGCCAUUGACAGUACAAAGUAUGAAGAAAUCACAUUUAAUAGGGACGAAACAUUUAGUGGUGAUAAACAGAUGAAACUUGAUGGAAUGAAGUAUGUAGAUGAUGAGGAUGUUAUUUAUAACAUUGAUACUUUAGAUGCUGAGUUAGAAAACCAGUAUGGUCUGGUUGAAGAUCAGUUAGAUAAAGAUUUGGAAGUUAAAGAUCUUCAAGCAAAUCUGAGUGAAGAGAAGAAGCAGGAUGGUGGUCUUGGUGUCGAAGAAGACUUGAACAUUGGUGGAAAGGAAGAAAAUGUUGUAAAAGUUAACAAAGAUCACAAUAACGAAACUGGUAGUCGGAAAGUGCUAUAAUGAAUGAUACUUGUUCCCAUAUUAAUUUUACAUACAGUGCAAAGAAAAUGGAAUCUCAUUAUUAACUGAUUUUAUUUAAUAUAAACUAUAAAUGAAAUAUCACUAUAUCUUUUUCUUAUAAUUUGAUUAUAUUAUUAUAUGAGUUUUGAGUCACUGAAAAUUCUGUCUCUUGAUGAUGGAGGCUCAGUGAUUAGUGUCAUUAAACAGUACAUGUUUUAUUUCUGUUGCCAAUGGCUUGCCACAAUGUCUACUCGUUAUGGGUAACACUAUUUAGAUAUGCAAGACUCAACAUCAACUUACAAUGCAGGCCUUGCAGUAAUUGGUGUUAAACUGCAUACAUGUGCUUUGUAAUUAUCAUAACAUAUUUAUUUUAAUGCCUUGUCCCAGGGCACAUUUUCUGUUGAUAACAUUUUAUAGCUGUAUUCCUUUUAACAGAUACACAUGGUUAAGGAAACCAAGCAAAUUCCUUUAGUCAUUGAAUGGUUAGGUGUGAAGUAGAUCUGUUGCUGUUGGAUAGGGAAUAUAAUCUGCAGUAGUCUAGUAAAAACUAGGAAUGGCAUAUGCUUGACCUUCAGAUAUGGUCAUUUGUUACCAUUAUUCUGGGUAUUCCAGCUCAAAUUGUUUAAACAUUAUUGUCGAGCCCGCUUGCUGUGAGCUCGAUAUAGUCGCCACUUUUGGCAGUUCGGUGUAUGUGCGUGCGUUCGUUCGUGCGUGCAUCUGUCCGAUUUUAUCCGGACCAUAAUUAUGACAUGCAUGGACCAAUCUUGUUGUGCCCCCCCAUAUGUGUUGGGGGCAUAUAGAUUUGGUCAUGUCCAUUCGUCCGUCCGAAGUUCGUGACGCACCUAGCUCAAAAAGUGUUUGAUAUAAAUUGAUGAAACCUUGCAUGAGUCUUUAUCAUGAUAUGAACUUGCAGACCUCCUAUUUUUUCGUCUGGCUCUGCCCCCUAUUUUUAGAGUUAUGGCCCCUGAAAUAGUCAAAAAUUCACAUUUUCACUGUGACACUCCUAGCUCAAAAAGUAUUUGAUAUAGAUUCAUGAAACCUUGCAUGAGUCUCAGUCAUGAUAUGAACUUGCGCACCUUCUAUUUUUCGUCUAGUUCCGCCCCCUAUUUUCUGAGUUAUGGCCCCUGAAAUAGUCAAAAAUGCACAUUUUUACCUUGUGAUACGCCUAGCUCAAAAAGUGUUUGAUAUAAAUUGAUGAAACCUUGUAUGAGCCUUUAUCAUGAUAUGAACUUGAGCAUCCCCUAUUUUUGGUCUGGCUCUGCCUCCUAUUUUCAGAGUUAUGGCCCCUGAAAUAGUCAAAAAUGCACAUUUUCACCUUGUGACACGCCUAGCUCAAAAAAUGUUUGAUAUAGAUUCAUGAAACCUUGCUUGGGUCUUAAUCAUGAUAUGAACUUGCGCACCUCCUAUUUUUCAUUUUGGUCCACCCCCUAUUUUAUGGCCCCUGAAAUAGUCAAAAAUGCACAUUUUCACCUUGUGAUGCACCUAAUUCAAAAAGUAUUUAAUUUAAAUGAUUGAAAACUUGCAUAGUCUUUAUCAUGAUAUAAACUUGCACAUGUCUUAUUUUUUGGCUGGCUCCAUCCCCUAUUUUUAAAAUUGUGGCCCCUGAAAUAGUAAAAAAAAAUGCACAUUUUCACCUAAUUAUGUGCCUAGCUCAAAAAGUAUUUGAUGUAAAUUUAUGAAACCUUGCUUGGGUCUUUAUCAUGAUGUGUCCUUGCACACUUGGCAGUCUUCCUGAGAAUCUUGGCAUUUAUUACAAAGUUUUGGCCCUUGAAAUAGCCAAAAUAGUGGAUUUUUUGUUUGUGAUGCUCAUAGCUCAAAAAGUAUAUGUCCUAGAAUAAUGAAUCCUUUUCAUAUUUUGUUCGUUGAGGCUAUACCCCAUUAAGAAUGCAAACAUUUGAAUUAUUUCCCCUUAUUUGUGACAAAUGUACCAGUGUGUGUGUGGGGGGUGGGGGGGGGGGAAGCACACCCUGUGUCCUACAGACACAUUCUAGUUUAUAUUUGGCUUGAAUGUUUACCUCAAUGAGAAGGUGUGUCAUGCGCAAACCCCAUGUUCCUAUCUCAAAGGUCAAGGUCACAGUCAAAGGUCAAAUUGAAGUUUGUCCGGAGCAUUUCUUCUUCAUGCAUGGUGGGAUUUUGAUGUAAAUUGGGUAUGAAUGUUCACCAUUAUGAGACGAAGUGUCAUGCGCAAGAACCAGGUUCAAGGUCAAGGUCACACUUGACAGUUGGCGGGCUUGACAUUCUGUCUGUGGGCAUACUUGUAUUUGUUAAUUUCUUACAUUUGGAAUAACUUUCAAUGUAACUUUUACUGAUUUCCGCCAUAUCUAUUGAAUGAUCUUGUCAUCUAAGAGUGUAAUUACUUUCUGAACCAGAACAAAAAUAGAGAACAGAAUGUCGGACAUCGUGAGCUGCUUACUAUUUGAGCCGCACCAUGGGAAAACCAACAUAGUGCAUUUGCGACCAGCAUGGAUCCAGACCGGAGUGCGCAUCUGCGCAGUCUGGUCAGGAGCAAUGCUGUUCCCUAAUUGUUUCUCUAAUUUAAUAGGCUUCGAAAGUGAACAGCAUGGAUCCUGACCAGACUGCGCAGAUGCGCAGGCUGGUCUGGAUCUAUGCUGGUCACAAAUGCACUGUGUUUGUUUUCGCAUGGUGCGACUCAUUUGUAGUAAAUAUGUGUUCAAUUGUUUAGACAUGUUGUCCAUGAUGUGCAUAUGAUUUUGUUUAUUACUAUUUACAACAGGGUUUGAAAAACUCAUCUUUAUAAUUUGAUGACUUUCAAGGUUAAUUCACUCAUUCACUUGCAGAAGAUGAAAUUCACAAGUGAAAGCAAAUAAAAUUUGCAUUUUAUGUUACUUUACAAGUUUAUAUUUCUACUUUGAUUUACCAGUAUUUUAUGCACUUAAAUGUUAUUUUGCUCUUUGAAGUAUGUUUAAGAAAACUAAUGUAUUAUAUUGAAGUGAUAUUUUUGUCUCAGAAAUGAAAAUUUUCCAUUAAUUUUUUACAUUAUUUUGCAAUUUUAGUUCUGUUCAAUUUUUAGCUCAUCUGAUUUUUUGAAAAAAAAUGAUGAGUUAUUGUCAUCACUUGAGCGGUUGUCGGCGUCGGCGUCGGCGUUGCCUGGUUAAGUUUUAUGUUUAGGUCAGCUUUUCUCCUAAACUAUCAAAGCUAUUGCUUUGAAACUUGGAAUACUUGUUCACCAUCAUAAGCUGACCCUGUAUAGGAAGAAACAUAACUCCAUCUUGCUUUUUGCAAGAUUUAUGGCCCCUUUUGUACUUAGAAAAUAUCAGAUUUCUUGGUUAAGUUUUAUGUUUAGGUCAACUUUUCUCCUAAACUAUCAAAGCUUUUGCUUUGAAACUUGGAAUACUUGUUCACCAUCAUAAGCAGACCCUGUACAUCAAGAAACAUAACUCCAUCUUGCUUUUUGCAAGAAUUAUUGCCCCUUUUGGACUUAGAAAAUCAGUUUUCUUGGUUAAUUUUUAUGUUUAGGUCAGCUUUUAUCCUAAACUAUCAAAGCUAUUCCUUUAAAACUUGCAACACUUGUUCACCAUCAUAAGCUGACCCUGUACAGCAAGAAACAUAACUCCAUCCUGCUUUUUGCAAGAUUUAUGGCCCCUUUUGGACUUAGAAAAUAUCAGAUUUCUUAGUUAAGUUUUAUGUUUAGGUCAACUUUUUCUCUUAAACUAUCAAAGCUAUUGCUUUAAAACUUGCAACUCUUGUUCACCAUCAUAAGCUGACACUGUACAGCAAGCGACAUAACUCCAUCCUGCUUUUUGCAAUAAUUAUUGCCCCUUUUGGACUUAGAAAAAUCAUUUUCUUGGUUGAAUAUUAUGUUUAAGUCAACUUUUCUCAUAAACUAUCAAAGCUAUUGCUUUAAAACUUGCAACAGUUUUUCACCAUCAUAAGUGGACACUGUACAUCAAGAAACAUAACUCUAUCCUGCUUUUUGCAAGAAUGAUGGCCCUUUUUAGACUUAGAAAAUCAUGGGUAGGACAAUAUUUCUAUUAUACAAAAAAAAUCAGAUGAGCGUCAGCACCCGCAAGGUGGUGCUCUUGUUUUACUUCAUGUUUAUGCCUUAUUGCUGUCUAAUAUAUUUUUUUCUGUAAGUUUUAUCAUUUCAAAGUCUUUUUCUGUGAUACAGUUUGUGAGGACAAACAAUUUUUAUGCUCAUAUGAUUGAUUAUUGUAUACCUGAACUCGACAUUAUCCAGUUUUUAUUGUUGUAAAGAAUCUUUAACACAGAUAUUUUGAUGUAACUGUUGUCAGUAGAUUAGUGAAUUUGUGGGUUCAUCCUUAGGAAGUAAACUUAUGGGUUUAAACUCCACUGACUGUAGUUUGAGAUUAUUGAAUUGUUUUUUUAAAAAGAACUUAAAGAUACAUUUAUCCAGGAGAUACGUUUAUCCAGGAUAUGUAGUCUUAUGAUAUCUAAUGGCCCUUUAGGAUCUUGGAGUACAGGAUAUGUCAUAUUUCAUUACCUCUCAUGAACAGACUCGGUCAAACUGUAUGUGCUAUUGUUUUGCUUGAUUACCUAACCAGACGAACCUCGUUAACUUGAACUUGUCGGGACUGACAAAAUUUGUUUGAGUUAUCGUUUGUUCUAGUCAUCAAACAAUGUACAUUAUACAGAGUGAGUGAAUGGUGGUGUAUGAGUUGUCCAAGUUAAAGAGAACGAAGUUUGACUGUAUGUGCUUUCAAAGGCUUUUUUAUAGAUUUUUCAUGCUAAGAAAUGUAUCAGAGAUUCCCUUUAAGUAAUGUUUUUCAUUGUGACAGGAAUUGAUUCUGGUCGUGAAUGAGAUAUUAUUUCAUGAUUAUUUGUCAUUUUAUGUAUCCAAAACAAAGCUAAUAAAUUUCUCUAAUUAAUAAGAUCAUACAUAGUAUAUAAUUAUGUACUGUGUGGCAAACAGAGUGACUUCAAUUUUUUUCAUGAUUGUUGCUAUGUGGAAUUUAUGGGAAUGUAGAUUAUAGAUUAUAGUCUGGAGGUGAGAGAC